UUGCAACAAUGAGGAAGAUAGGAGGUUCUGUAAAGAUAUAAAAGAACACCGCUUUAUGACUCCUAUCCAUAUACUGUGGAAAUAGGAAUCAUUUCUCUGCCACAAGAAGAACGAACUCAAGAGCCGGUCGUCACCAGCGUUUGGACAACAGAAAGAUGGAGUGGAAGGUGUACCUCCUUUUCUUUGCCUUGUUCGUGGCUGCCACAUCUGCAGCGCCCGCUUGUAAAUGCCAAGAUGAAGAUAAGGAAACUUUGUCCAAGUACAAAGUUAAAGCCAAAGAUGGUGACGAAGAGUAUGAACAAGAAAUCAAAAUCGACACCGAGAAACAGACGGAAACUUAUCACAUUCCAAAAACGAAAUCUUCUAGCGCAGGAGAAGUGGACGAAGUCUAUGACUUUAAAAGAAACUUGGUUAUGCGCCGAAUGCCUGAACACAAAGCUUGUUUCUUGAGUGAAUCCACUGAAAACGCUCCAAAGCCUCAAGACCUCAAAAAUGCACUUGACAAGCGAAGUGCUUCAGGUUCCUCACAAUCUGUUAACACUACUGAAGACGAUUAUGAGGUUGUUGGUACUGUGAAUGAUCGUUCCACUCUGAGUGAUGAAAUGGCUGCAAUGUGUGCCAAAUUUCCCAUUUAUCGCAUCAAGAGGAGGAAGGUCACUAUGAGUGUGGAAAAAGAAAACAUCCAAGGUGGUAAAGACAGGGUUAAGAGAGACCUCUGCAUCUACUGCUAUUGGUAUAUCCAACGUUACGUAAUAAAACGAACAUCUAAUGGUUACUAUUAUUGCCCGGUUAGGCGUUGGGUAUGCGUUUACGUAUCUUGCAGCCGCUGAACGAAGGCCAAUAGUCGUUUAAUGAGACAACCUCCUGAUCCAAAAACCUCAGCCAAGAAAUGAAAAUAUAUGCGUUUUUUUUCUAAUUACAUAUUGAUUUCAUGUUACAAAAUGUGCUUAAAAUCGCAGCUAGCAAAAAAAACCUUACUAAUUUACUUAUAUUUAGGUUUUUUUUUUUAACAUUUUAACAUUUGUUUGUAGAGUUCACGUGUUUGCAAAAUCAAUAAAGAAUCAGAUGAAUCAAGUAAUUCAAAUCU